AUGCGAUCUGCAGUGAGGCUGGUCUAUGCAGCCGUGCUCGCGCUUGCGGGCUUGAGCAAUGCCAGUGACAAUGGCACUCCAUUGGAUCCAACAAAGUGUGCUCUCGAGCCUUCGGCCAUGGUAUCGGACGCUUGUUUAUCCUACGGCUCUAUUGACAGCAUUAACGACAUGAUUUACACGAACCUCAACUCCAUCACGCAAGACACCGAUUUCUUCUCAUAUUAUCGCCUCAACCUCUUCAAUAAAGAAUGUCCUUUCUGGAAUGAUGCAAACAGCAUGUGUGGCAAUAUUGCCUGCUCGGUCAACACCAUCGACUCGGAAGAGGACAUUCCUCUAACGUGGCGCGCGGAGGAACUGAGCAAGCUGGAAGGCCCGAAAGCGAACCACCCGCCACGCAAAAUCCAAGAACAACGUCCGAAAGAGCGGCCUCUGCAAGGAGAGUUAGGAGAGGAUGUCGGUGAAAGUUGUGUGGUUGAAUACGACGACGAGUGUGACAACCGCGACUACUGUGUUCCAGAGGACGAGGGUUCCGCCGGCAAGGGCGACUACGUGAGCUUGGUGGACAACCCGGAGCGAUUCACGGGAUACUCGGGUGAAGGCGCGCACCAGGUGUGGAAUGCGAUCUACAACGAGAAUUGCUUCCUCAAGCCCAUUGAAGAACUGGAUGAGCAGACACUCAACGUGCCCAUGGGUGGCCUCCAAGCUGCCUCGGAUUUCCGCAAUGUGCUCCAGAAAGAAUCACAACGUCUGGAAGAUCUGUCGCUUGACAAUGAGUGUUUGGAGAAGCGCGUCUUCCACCGACUUAUCAGUGGCAUGCAUGCGUCUAUUUCGACCCAUCUAUGCUGGGACUACCUCAAUCAAACAACCGGCCAGUGGCACCCCAAUGUGCAAUGCUACAAGGACCGUCUCCACGACCACCCGGAGCGCAUUUCCAACAUGUACUUCAACUACGCAUUGGUAUCACGCGCCGUGGCGAAGCUUCGCAAGCACCUCGAAGGAUACACAUUCUGUACAAGUGAUCCCGCACAGGACCUCAAGACCAAGCAGCGCGUCAACAGGUUGACAAGCUCGCUCUCAGCCAUCCCUCAAAUCUUCGACGAGAACAUCAUGUUCCAGGACCCCGGCGCACUGGGUCUGAAGGAUGAUUUCCGCAACCGCUUCCGCAACGUUAGCAGACUCAUGGACUGCGUCGGCUGCGACAAGUGCCGUCUAUGGGGCAAGCUCCAGGUCAAGGGAUAUGGCACCGCACUGAAGGUUCUCUUCGAGUACGACGAGACCAAGAACGGCGAGAACCCGACCCUGCACCGCACCGAGCUAGUUGCCCUGGUCAACACCCUCGGCCGUAUCUCCCACAGUCUCGCUGCUGCGCGUAGUAUGAAGCGAGCCCUCAUCAGUGGCAACACGCACAUGUUCCCUGUCCACGGCGCCAUGCCUUCCGGUCAUCAAUGGACCCCCCAUGGCGUCAAGCCUCAACGCCGCUUACUGCAAGACGGUGCUGGAAACUAUUACUACGAGAACGAAAAUGAAGAUGAUUACGUCUAUGGCCGCGAAGCACCGACACGCUACCCCUGGGAACGCCCACCGCGUAACCCGAACGCGACUGCCAUGGAAGAAUUCAUGGUUGAAUGGAACAUGAUCUGGGGAACGGCUGGGUAUAUCGUCCAGACGUGGAUUGAUCUCCCGCGGACAUUGUUCCAACUUGGCACUGUUGAAUCCAUGCGUCUUUACAACUACUGGCUUGGUCUGCCUGUGCCUCCUCGGCUAUGGAAGCUGAAGGCCCCUGAGCCUCGUUCACACACUAAGCCCCGCGCUUAUGAGGAAGGUCGGGCUCGGGAUCAGAAUCAGAACCAGAAUCAGGCUCAUGAUCAAGCUCGUCGCGAUGAGCUCUGA